AUGGCAACAGUCUGGGUGUACCCAGCAGAAAUCCUCCCACCGAAGAUUCGGUCCAAUGGCGCCGCAUUGACAGCCGCCGCAGACUUUCUGGGGAACUUCCUGGUCGAAACCACCCCUCCAGCCCUCGAAAAUAUCGGCUACAAGACAUAUAUCAUCUUCGCCGUCUUCAAUCUCGUCGCUGCCCUGAUCGUGUAUUGUUUCUACCCAGAGACAUCCUAUCUGAACCUCGAGUCCAUUGACUUGCUCUUCCUACCGGGUGACACCUGGGACCCGGAAAUCGAGUCGAAGCAGUGGUUCCUCCAUAGAGCCGUAAAAUGGGAUGUUAUCCCCAAGGCACGCAUGGCGGUCAAUGAAGCCAAAACGAGGAAGAAGGCGAACCUUGACUUGUCCAUGGCUGAUCUUGGCCAGAACGAUGUUCGCUCUCAUUUAAAAGGGGGUGUGGGGGCGGACCAUCUCGAAUCCAAGGAAUGA